AUGCUGCCAAACCGUUCAGUCGCGCGCCAACUUUCGUGCGGGUGGGAUUUCUUUCUUGGUUUCCCAAGCUUUUGUUCUGUACGCGUAUUUCUAUUUUAUCGCGAGUUCUAUAUAUACAUAUAGAUAUAUAUAUAUAUCUAUAGAUAUAACGAUAGUAAUAUAAUUACUAUUGGUAAAUAGUUAAUCAGGUGACAAUAUCGAUAGUUUAUAGAGUAAUAACAUUAGAGGAAAAAACGGAGAAAUCAAAAUAAAACAAGAAUAUUGAAUAUUCUGUCGGCGCGUUGGCGCGAGCCGAAAGCUCACCGUUUCCACUCAAGAAGAGUAGAGUAAAGAGAAGUAAGAGUAAGUGGAAAAGAGAAAAAAGAAGAGGAAGAAGAUAAAGAAAGAAUCGCGUGUCGUCCUCGCGGUGAGAGAGAAGAAGUCGCGCGCCAACGCAACGUCAUUGGCGUACUUCUCUUUGCUUAUAGUUCUUUCUUUCUCACUCAUUCAUUCUUUCUCUCUUUUGCUCGGUCUAAGCCUUUUUCAUCGGUGAUAACGUGCUAUACUAUAUUAAGAGCGCUUCUCAAGAGUGCCAAGUUUAUUUCCCACACCGUUCUAUAAUAUUUGUGAUGUGCGAGUGAACGAUGGAAUCACCGGUCAUGUACGAUUCGGGGGCUCACCAGGCCCAGGUGCAAGGGGCAGCCGAUCCGAAAAAAUCUCAGGUGCUGAACAACAACAAUAAUAACAAUACUGCGAAUAAUAAUAAUAACAAUCAUCAGAACAACAACAAUUCCGCCCUACAAGUUAAUCACAAUCACAAUCAUAAUCACAAUCACAAUCAACAGCAGCAGCAGCAGACCAGCUCGGUCGUGAGUAAGGUGUCCGGAAGCAAAGCGAGCUUGCAUCAGCAAUACGCAGAACACUGUGCAGCAGCGGGCGAGCUGACGGACCUAAAUACACCCGAAAUAUCGCUAGAUCUUCAACAUCUAAUCGAUGACAGUCAUUUCAACGACGGUCUUUUGGACAUGUUAGGUGCAAGCAAUGGUGGUGUCAAGCACGGCAGAACGACCGGCUAUCCACGCACCACUUUAGCAUAUAUGCCCCAACCAGUUCAUAGUGGGGCAAGUUAUCAUCAGGGAAGUAACAGUUGUAGCGACAGCAACAGCUCGAGCUCUGAAUCACCUAGCAUUAAAGAGGAACCUCUGGACCCAGCGGACUACCGGCGUCACUGCCCACAAUACCCACCUGCCGGUUACAGUCCCGUAACGAAUGGUCCCUUCGCCAAUGGCGGUCCUACCUUCACAACCUUGACACCGACCACCGUGCCUGGUGGACACCCUGGUGCACCGGUUCACCAGCAACCACCUAGGAACGGUCAAACGCCCGGCCAAACUCCCGGUGGAACUAUCAAAUCGGUAAUGGCCCAUCAGCAUCAUGCAGUUGCUGCGGCAGCCGCGGCAGCAGCUGCCGUUGCCAGAAAACAAACCAAGGCCAUCGACAAGGCUAGCGAUGAAUACAGAAGACGAAGAGAAAGAAACAACAUUGCCGUAAGGAAAAGUCGCGAAAAGGCGAAGGUACGUUCGCGUGAAACUGAAGAGAAGGUAAAACUCCUUGUCAAGGACAACGAUCUCCUUAAGAAGAGGAUCGAACUGCUCACAGAAGAACUCAACGUCCUACGUUCGCUCUUCAGCAGCGUUGGAGUCGUACCAGAGCAACUCCACCGUGAGAUUACUAGGCAUCUCGACCAAUUCCAACAGCACGCCGUCGGACCCAUGUAGCCCUCGCCGCUCACAUCGAUCAGAGUCUACUAGCCGAGCCUAGGAAAAUAGGAAAAAAAAGAGAAGGAAA